AGCCUUCAUUUCAUCAUUAAUUCUUUCCCCUCUACACUUCUCUUUCCCCUCUACACUUCUCUUUGAUCAGUUUUGUUCAAAGACCUGUAUUUUGCAGCUAUGGAGAGAAGUGAGAUUAUUGAGGGUAAGGUGGAUUGGAAGGGCAGACCAGCUAUAAAGGGCAAACAUGGAGGAAUGCCAUUUGCUUUGCUAUCAAUAUCCACAUUCAGUUUCGAGAACAUGGCGACUAUUGCACUGGCAACGAACUUGGUGACAUAUUUGACUGAGGUGAUGCACUUUGAUGUAGCCAAUUCAGCCAACCAGAUUACGAACUACAUGGGCACCAGUUACAUUCUCUCCAUCCUCAUUGCCUUCCUUGCCGACAUGUUCAUUGGCCGCCCCAAAUCUGUACUCAUUUCGGCUUGUUUUGAGAUUGUGGGACUUGGAUUGCUAGCAAUACAAGCUCGCUCGAGCAAACUCAAGCCACCUCCUUGCAACUUAUUUGAUCCAACUGCACAUUGCACCAAAGUAGGAGGCAAAGAUGCCGUAAUCCUCUUUGGAGGACUAUACUUGGUGGCAAUUGGAAGUUCCGGUAUAAAAGCCUCAUUGCCGUCACAUGGUGCUGAUCAAUUUGAGGAGAAAGACCCUAAAGAGGCCAGACAAAUGUCCAGCUUCUUCAACUGGUUCUUGUUAUCCGGGAACAUCGGCAGUGUUGCUAGUCUAACGCUUAUAGUUUGGAUCCAAGACAAUAAGGGUUGGGAUUGGGCAUUUGGCAUCUCAUCCAUUGGCAUGGUCAUUGGUGCUCUCUUAUUUAUUUCAGGAUUGCCUCGAUACAGGGUUCAAGUUAUUCAAAAAAGUAAUCCACUCAUUGAGAUCAUACAGGUAUACAUAGUUGCUUUUUGCAACAGAAAUCUUCACCUACCCGAGGAUCCGGAAGAGUUGUAUGAAAUUAAUAGAGAUAAGGAAGCUGCAAUAGAAACAGAGUUUCUACCUCACAGAGAUGUUUACAAGUUCCUUGACAAAGCAGCCAUCCAAGUCACACCAAUCACCCAAGAUGGUAAACCAAAUCCGUGGAAAAUUUGCAGGGUGACUCAAGUGGAAAAUGCAAAAAUUAUCCUAGGUGUACUUCCAAUAUUUUGUUGUGCAAUUGUUAUGACUCUUUGCCUGGCUCAACUCCAAACUUUCUCCAUCCAACAAGCCGUAACCAUGGACACAAGGCUCACCAAACAUUUUCACAUACCCCCGGCUUCCCUUGCCAUCAUCCCUAUCAUAUUCCUCCUCGGCCUUGUCCCCAUUUAUGAUCGUUUCUUUGUACCCUUUGCCCGUAGAAUCACCGGGCACCCCACCGGUGUGACUCACCUCCAACGAAUUGGUGUCGGCCUAGUCCUCUCUUGUUUGUCUAUGGCAGUAGCAGGACUCAUUGAAGUAAAGCGAAAACAAGUUGCACGAAAGCAAAACAUGCUCGACGCGAUUCCAGUGAUCCAACCGCUACCAAUUAGCGUCUUCUGGCUAUCGUUUCAGUUCUUCAUAUUUGGUAUUGCCGACUUGUUUUCGUUCAUCGGACUUCUUGAGUUUUUUUACUCACAAGCACCAAAAGGGAUCAAGUCCAUCUCUACUUGCUUCCUUUGGUGCUCCAUGGCACUUGGGUAUUUCUUGAGCACCAUCAUUGUUAAUAUAGUCAAUAGUGCAACCAAGGGAAUAACUAAGAGUAGAGGGUGGUUGGCAGGAAAUAAUAUUAAUACGAACCACCUUAAUCUCUUUUACUGGUUGCUUUCCUUACUGAGCUUCCUCAAUUUCCUUGUCUAUUUGUAUGUUGCUAAGAGGUACAAGUACAAGCCAAUAGUUCAGGAACAUAGAGGUCCAACAAAUAGUAGGGUUACGAAUGCGGAUAACACGGACUUAGAAGACAUUGAAGUACAGGAGUGAGACAUCACAAAUGACGUUGAUGAUGGUCAAGGUGUUUAUAUAGUUUGUUUGCAUUAGUGUUUGUAAUAGUUUUGCUUCUCUUUUCGGGUAAUGAUAAUGCCAAAACUGUUUUUGUUGGUGCUAAAACUCAAGUGCGUAAAAGUCUUGGUACAAGCCUUUUGUCCAAUUGAGUUUUGGCAUUAUCAUUCUCUAUGUUUUUUGGAUUUUGUUUUUCUUGUGUGCUAAUGUAAAGUUGCCUUUAUGAAGAGCCACCAAGUGUAUUGUUACGAAUUAUUUUGCUUUGAGACCCAA